AUGAGGAUGCUGCAGAGAGCCUCUGCUCUCAUCCUGAAAAGAGGAAUCGCAACGUUUCAUAGCAGAUUGUGCAAAAGUGGCAGCCUCUUCAGAGUUCAUCCAUCUGUAUCGAAGGCGCUGGCAGAAAACAAACCGGUGGUUGCACUCGAGAGCACUAUCAUCACACAUGGCAUGCCCUAUCCACACAACCUGAGCACGGCCAUGCAGGUGGAGGCCAUUGUAAGGGCUGAAGGAGCCACUCCAGCCACGGUCGGCGUGAUCGAGGGUGAAGUGCAUGUCGGUCUGUCGUCAGAGGAGCUUGAACACCUCGCCCUCUGCAAGAGCUCCCUGAAAGUGUCCCAUCGGGAUCUGCCCUACGCCGUGAGCAAAGGUCUCUCUGGGGGAAUGACGGUGUCAGCCACGAUGAUCGCAGCACAUCGAGCCGGCAUCCCUGUGUUUGUGACAGGAGGCAUCGGAGGAGUUCACAGAGACGGAGAGAACAGUCUGGACAUUAGUGCUGAUUUGACGGAGCUCGGCAGGACUCCCAUUGCAGUCAUCUCGGCUGGUGUCAAGUCUAUUCUGGACAUCGGGCGCACCCUGGAGUUCCUUGAGACGCAGGGUGUCUGUGUGGCCACUUAUGGAGCAUCAAAGAAUUUCCCAGCCUUCUUCUCGCCACAAAGUGGAUUCACUUCUCCAUGCCAGGUCUGCAGCCCUGAGGAGGCUGCACAGCUCAUUGCGAGUUCUCUGUCUCUGGGUCUCCAAAGUGGCGUCCUGUUAGCGGUGCCCAUCCCAGAGGAGCAUGCAGCAGCCGGCCAGCUGAUAGAGGAAGCCAUACAGGCUGCACUAGCAGAGGCAAGGGCUAAAGGUAUAACAGGAAGAGAUGUGACACCAUUCAUUCUUAAAAUGGUCAAUGAGCUGACUGAGGGAAAGUCCCUUCAGGCCAAUAUUGCUCUCAUUCAUAACAAUGCUAAAGUCGGCAGUCAAAUAGCCUGCGCGCUGUCAAAACAAAUGACUGAGAGAAAGUCCAGAGGCAACACUCAUCAUCAUGGAAAACACUCAUCGGACUCAGAUAUUGUUGUCAUAGGGGGAAUAAACGUUGAUUUUAUUGCAAAAGGAAAGACGGAAACACUUCACUUUGGACAGACCAACCCAGGAAGUGUCUGUCAGUCAUUUGGUGGUGUAGGACGGAACAUCGCUGACUCUCUGAGUCGUUUAGGUCGGAGUGCCCUGCUCAUCUCAGCCACUGGAGCUGAUUCACACAGCGAAACAGUGUUAAACUAUUGUAAACAUAUGAACACGAGUGGUGUGCUCAGGUUAGAAGAGCAAAACACAGCGACUUACUGCGCUGUUAUCACGGAGAGUGGAGAACUGAGUCUUGGAUUGGGAGACAUGGACGUUCAUCAGCAGAUCACUGAGCAGUAUGUGUCACAGUUUGAGAAUCAGCUUUCAUCAGCCACUCUUGUGUGUCUCGAUGGAAACAUUCCCGUUUCCACCAUCGACUAUGUUUGCUCCAUUGCCAGAAAACACAACAUCAAUGUUUGGUAUGAGCCAACGGAUUCAGAAAAGGCUUCUAAGCCUUUCCUCUCAGACGCCUGGAAGUCUCUGUCCUAUUCAUCUCCAAACCUGGCAGAGUUGCGCACCAUGAACAAAACACUGGGUCUCCCAACACCUGAAGUGCUUCCGAGCUCUCUCGAGGAGGUGCUGAGUGUUGCUGUGGCUCUCUCACGCCCCCUGCUGGAGCAUGUGCAUUGUCUGGUGGUGACUCUGGGGGCCAGUGGAGUGCUGGUGUGCGGAGAGCAUGAUGCAGGCUCUGUCAACCUGCAGCCAAGAAAACAGAAGAGGAGGAGGCGGCUGUGUGCUGUCCACUACCCAGCACUGACUGUGACGGCAGAAGAGACAAAGAAUGUGUCUGGAGCAGGAGACAGUCUCGCAGGUGCUUUGAUGGCCGGGAUUCUCCAGCGGCGAGACACUGACAGCUGUGUGCGGAUGGGCCUCCUGGCUGCACGGUUGUCCCUGGCGUCAUCCCACCCCAUCGCCCCUACGCUCACCCCAGACUCUGUGGAUCCCAACACAAUCCAGACUCAGUGCUGGCCCAAACCCAGCUUCAUGUGGAUAAAUUAAAAAUAUUUUCAAAUAUG